GUAGUUAACACAUAAUGAGGAAAUUAUCGUUACAAAAAAUCCGAAGUUAACGUUACGUUACUUUCCUCUUCAUCCUCAGUCUCCAUUAAUCUUGAAACACCUGUUGAUAUAUCACAAUAUGGAUGUGUUCUUCGAGGUACAAAGAGGCCCAACGUUCUGCAUUGAACUAGGUUACUGGGACACAGUGCUAGAGAUCAAACAAAAGAUCGAAAAGUAUCAACGUAUCCCUGUCUCCAAACAAACCCUUUUCUUCCAAGGCAAGGUCCUCCAAGACGAUCACGACAUCGAACAAUGUGCCAUCCUCAACAACUCUCAUCUACAGAUUAUCAGCUCUUCACCAGGCACCGACCAACACCGCAACAACAAUCAAGUGCUCAAAACCGAGCAAUCUCCACCGUCAAACUCAACAGAACCGAUCAUUAACGGUCAAGAUUUGCCUGUCAUGAUGGCUAGGACCAACAACAACAACAACCCUAAGAAGCUGAGAGUGAUGGUGCUGCCGAAAAGCGGGACAAUGAAGAUUCCGGUGGAGGUGAACGCGAGUGACAACGUGGGAGAGCUGAGGAAGGAGUUGGUUAAGAUUCAACAGAGGUUUCAGAUAAGUCUGCCUCAAGAAGGUUAUUUCUUUAUAUACAAACAAAAUGUGAUGGAGGAUGACCGGUCAUUCCGGUGGCACCGUGUUGAUCAUGGUGAUACGAUUGAGAUUUUCAACGGAAGUGUUUCGGGUGGUUCUUAGAUCUGAACAACCUUCUCCUUCCUCCUCAUCAUAGCUUUGUUAUUCAAGUUAAUUUUUUGCUAUCUUCCAAAAUUGUCUUUGUUUUCACAGCUUUCUGCAACUAAAAACAUUACU